GUGGCGGUAUCUGGAGGUGCAGCGGUGCAUUCGAUCAGUGUGCAGUAUGACAACAUCGGGAUUCGCACGUAUUGUACCAUCCAGUAGCCGUCGUGUAGACCAGACACACGCAAAAACGAAACAGAUUUGCUGAAAGAGGUGCGAGAGUGCGAGUGGUGCCUUCCUGUCCCAUGAAGCCAGAGUGAUCGGAGGUCGGUUCCCGGGACGAAAUCCAGUUUUGCGGUAACAUCCAAACCGUGAAAAUGUCCCAAAAGCAGUGCACGGUGGAGAAGCUGGUGCGUGUGGGCUACUACGAACUCGAGAAGACCAUCGGCAAGGGAAAUUUCGCCGUCGUUAAACUGGCAACGCACAUAGUGACCAAGACUAAGGUGGCCAUAAAGAUAAUCGACAAAACGGCUCUGGACGAAGAGAAUUUAACGAAAAUAUUUCGAGAGACUGCUAUCCUUAAGAAGCUGCGACACCCACACAUCACCAGACUCUACCAGUUGAUGGAAACCGAUCAGACUAUUUACAUGGUCACGGAAUAUGCCAGCAAAGGAGAGAUAUUCGAUCAUCUGGUGGCGAAAGGCAGGAUGUCGGAGACUGAAGCGAAGAGAAUCUUCCGACAGAUAGUAUCGGCUGUGGGGUAUUGCCAUGCGCAGGGCGUCGUCCAUCGGGACCUGAAGGCCGAGAACCUGCUGCUCGAUCACAACAUGAACAUCAAACUGGCGGAUUUCGGAUUCAGCAAUCAGUUCACCGCAGAUGUCCAACUCUCCACCUGGUGCGGAUCUCCGCCGUACGCGGCUCCGGAACUAUUCAAAGGCCUUAAAUACGACGGCCCCAAAGCCGAUAUUUGGAGCUUAGGUGUAGUUUUGUACGUAUUAGUCUGUGGAUCGUUACCAUUCGACGGCACAACGCUGCAUGCCCUCCGCAACAUCGUCAUCGAGGGAAAAUUCCGGAUUCCCUACUUCAUGACUCAAGAAUGUGAACAUUUGAUAAGACAUAUGCUUGUUGUGGAGCCUGAGAAAAGACUGAGUCUGCCGAGCAUACAGAAUCACCUCUGGCUGAGGGGGACGGAACUGUUGGACACCCGUCCCGAGAAGGAGACGCACCUCAACAACACUGUGAUCGAGCACAUGCUGCAGCUGCCCGGAAUGACGCGAGUCAUGAUCCUGCAAAGCCUGAAGAGCAACUCUUUCGAUCACAUCUACGCGAUCUACAGUCUGCUGCUUGACAAGCUCCAUCAGAGGACGAUCAACUUCCAAUCGAAGCUGCUGAACAGGCAAUCGCUCAGCGCGUCAAGCAGCACGGUCAGCAAUCAAAGCAUAGAAUGUGAUACGCCAUUAGACAGUUCGAUGGAGGAAACGGCGCUUCAACAGCAGAUGCGACCAGCCCGCGUCAACGAGCGCAGCGAAUCCUUCAACGAGCAACUUGUGACGAACCUGAACAAUGAAGUGGGUAGCAGGUCCGGCGAGCUGGUUGCGAGCGAUAAGAUGGAGUUGCCGACGUCGCCGUGCGUUCGCAGGGAGAGCUUCAACGAGAACUGCCUGCGAACGGUCAGGGAUGAGGUGAAGCAGCGACGGAGGUCCUUCAACGAAGGCGCAUCCGCUGUCAUGGCUGUACCGGAAAUCGUACCGCCUGUCAACGAAGAGGCCGGAUCGCCAUUUGUUUCCAUGCCUACCAUUCCUGCCGUCUAUCUCAUGGGCGGCGAAGAAAAUUCGCUCCAUCUGGAGAAAUUCGGCGAAAUGGAAUUGGAAAAUAGCGAUGAUACCACUUCUUUAACAGUUCCUUCAACAGCAUCCACGGGCUACGAUAGCUACAAUUCAUCCAUGUCAUCAGAUAAAUACCAUUUAACAGUGAGACGGCAUACAGUUGGUCCAGGUGAUCCAGCUCAUGAACAGGUUCUUGAAAAUCACUACAUGUCACAUAUGUCUCAUCCGAGUGGUGCCACUCCUCGCCUGUUACCCCAAACCAAUCUACCACUUCACUUACCAUUAUUGGGUCAACAGAGUCCCUAUAAUUUUGGUGGAAAGGACCCGCAUCUGCUGAAGCCCCCAACGGUUUUAAAUGCCGCCGGUGGUUUCGGUCGUAGAGCUUCGGAUGGUGGUGCUAAUCUACAUAUGAUGUGGGGUCAACCGGGCGGAUCGCACGAGCAAUUGAACAUGGGCAUGUCUUCGAGUUCGAGUGGGAACGCGAGUCUCAGCAGUGCCACGGCCCACACUCCACUUGAACACAGUCAACCCGGUUUGGAUGAACUGGCCGAUCCCUACGCCGUCGCCAGAUACAUGCAGUGCAGGGGAAACUCCAAAAGACACACGAUGGCUAAUCCGGAGGAGGUCCACACCCUUCAGACGACGACCACGACCGGCGGACGAACGAGACGUAGCGGUCUACUGACCGUGAUGGAACGCCCACCUGUGAUUUCACCUGAGCUUGUAAUGGAAGUAGAGGCACGUAUGAAGCGCAAUUAUAUGCCGAACAUGUUGCCACCAACGCGAAAGCACUCGCGUCAUGCUGCCAAACCGCAUUUGCCGACUGUACAAGAGUGUAAUUCAGGACGCGAGCAGAAGUCGAUGGAGAGAUUUAGUCCUGUUCGCAGAGGCAGCGAGGGAUCAGCUUCGGGGUCUCGGACACUGAGCCCCUCCACUCCUCAGCAGGAAUGUCAAAGGUUACAACGGGGUUUGGCCACCAGAUCCAGUCCGCCGCGAUCGAUUCCUGGAUCUCCUAUUCAUCAGAUGGUGUCGGAUCAACGGUGCCUAGCCGAGACGACCACCUCACCCAUACAUCAAUUGUUUUCGAACAGCACUGACACCGUAGAUUUGCAGAAAUACAGAGAUUCUCAGUUGCCUUCAGGUAGCGACCUGUUCAACGGUCAGAGCUCUUCGGUGUUAGUGACGCAGAACAAUUACGGAUACGACACCAGCAGAAGUUAUAGCAAUAGUCCACUUCAUUCCGGAAAUAUGUCGCCUUACACAAAUAGCAGCGGAGGUUUGGGCUCUCCCAUCCAUCACUCUGCUUUCUACGGACCUUUGAGCUUAUAUUCGGGUAACAAUUCACCCAUCUUAAGCAAUCUAAAUAGUCCAGGAACUUCUCCUGUCUUCUAUAACAGCAUACAACCUAAUAGUAUAUCCUCAAUUACUCAAGGUAUAAGCGGUUUAAAUACUGGUGUUGGCGGUUCGAUAACGCAAGGAACACCUAGCAAUAUUCAAUUGGAAGCUAGGCUUCAGGAAGACGCGAAAUUGGAUUUGAGUGGUGGAAGUUCGAGUUACCAGCCUUAUAUGCAAAACCAGCCAAACUAUUUGCAUCAAACCCACCACAUGCAUCACAUGCUGAACAUUCAUAACCACCGGAGCCUGACGAACUCGCCGAUCUCGAAUCCGGGCAGUCCCGGAUUGGACAUGAUCCAGGAAGAGCUGCCGCCACACAUGCAUUCCCUCCAGAAGCUGGACCAGAUCACUUCGGUUGGCCAUCCUCAGAUCUCCGUAACCGACGUUCAAGGUAGUGAAGUGACGUUAGUGGCUGGAUCGGACACCUCCGAAGAUUCCAUGGAUAGCUUGGAGAACCACAAGAUUUCGGUGAAGAUGCUGCCAUCAUUUCUGAUUUCAAAACCGCUUGAAAACCAACCCUCGAUAACCAAAGGUAUCGGCAGGAAGAGUUCGAACGAGACCGUGGAGAUGACCGGUGAGGAGUUUUCACUGAGAAGGAACUCGGACAAGUCCUCCUGCUAUUCGGACGAUAGCUUAUCGAACGAUAGUCUCAGCAUCGGUAACCAAAGUCCCGGAUCCAGCAGCAACACGCAGAGCAGCCAUUCAGAAAUGCGGAACCGGCCCACAGAUAUGGAAAAGAUCCAGCAGGAACUGGCAAACGCCGGCGCGAACAACUUCCAGAUGAUACGUAACUUCACCGAGAAGAGUCCGGAUUUCGUCAGCGAUUUCGAGUUCGAACUGUCAGAGGUGUGCUCGAAGCUGGAGAGUACGGACAUCCUCGACAUGGUGAAGAGGACGAUCAGCAGUCACCAGAUGAGCGCGAAGGCUUGCGACUCGCUGCCGGACAAAAUCAGUCUUCAGUUCGAGGGGGGCGUCCAGAUCGAACUGAAGAUCGUCUGCAAGCAGAAGGAUUCGAAAGGACUGAAGAUGAGGCGCAUCUCCGGCGACCACCAGGUCUAUCACCAGCUCUGUCAACAGCUGAUUUCGUGCAUGACCGUCUCGUAGCUUCGCCCUCAUCAUCCUUUAACCCACGAAUCCGAAAUUAGAAUGUGAUAAUUAAUUUUAUAUAUUUUUGUGAUUGUAAAUAAUGUUAUUAUUAUUUGUUUUUAAUUGACUUGAUACAUUCCCCCAAGCAGGUAUCGACUGAACAAUUACUUUUACAAAUAGUACAUAUAUAUUUUUUUUUAAUAUAACUUAGGCGAUUGCGGUUUUUCUUUUUCUCUCUCUCUUCGUAUCUCUAUUUUUCUUUUCGUUGACCUAUUCUAUUCCCGUUAAACAGAAUCUACUUAACGUUUAAGUAAAAAAAAAUACUCUUUAAGUUUAUCCCCCCAAAUCAGAAUAUUCAAUGUCUGUAAAUAAUUUGUACAUAGUACUACUAAUUCAAUUCUAUCGCACAAUUGUAUAUACUAUAUAUAAUAAAUAAAUCUAUACAUAUAUAUAUAAAAGAGACAUUAAAAUGCAGAGUGAAAAGAAUUUUACUGAACGCGAAUUGAUGUCGCGGGAAAUAAUCCAAAACAGAUUAAAUAAUUAUUGUAUUAUGUUUGUUUCCAUUAGCAAUAUGUGAAGCGUUCCAAGUAUUGUAAUGUUUUUACUCUUCGAACUUGUUAUGUACAAAAUAAUACAAUAAAAAAAAUAAUAAUU